AUGGGCGGACCAUAUCGUACACCUUCACCUGCGAGGGAGUCCUACAUCAGUUCGAGCAAUGUAAACUCGCCUGAACGCUCACCUCUAUUUGGGAGUGACUCGGAAGAGUUCUUCGACUAUACCCAAGACACCGACUAUUCUAUUGAGCAGCCAAAGACUCCUACUAAGAAGCGCGUGCCGCUGCACUGGCAUGGAAUGCUCUCGCCGCAAACCCCCGGGUUCGGCAUGCAUGCAUCAAAGUCUCAGUCUCCCUGUUUGAGCGACGGGACGGGCGAUACCACCGCAACUGAGACUUCAAACAGCCUAGUAUUGCGCGACAAGCAGCCUCAAGAUGUCUUCACGAGCGCAAACGAAUCUGAUGUGGAAAUGGCUGGAAACGAUGUCGAGCGCGAUGCGAUACUUGCACGCCAGCUCGAAGAGAGCCCAAGUCCAACGCAGACACGUCGCAGUGCCAGACUGCGUCGACAGGCAAAGCCAGAAUACAACCUCAAGCAGCUGGCCGAUACUGCACGCCCUGUCCGCAAGCCUAACACCAGCGAAGAUGCUUCCACUCAGCCAGAACUCAGCAUCGUCCCGUGCAAAUCCGAGCCAGUACCAUUCGAAGGCCUUCCCGCAGUGCACUCUCUAUCGUGGCAACUGCAGUAUCCGCCCGGCGGAAGCACACACCCCUCGUAUCCCUACCCAGUGCUCGACCCGCGCCUGAUCUUCCAUCCGCCCUUUGUCCCGAUCGUCGACGGAUUACCGGACAUCGCUCGCGUCCCGAAGCUCGUACUGCCCAUGCACUGGAGGCACGUCUCGUGGGCUGGCCUGCUUCCCGUGGUAUUUGAUCCAUACCAGCAGGCAUUCAAACUAACGCCCGUGGGCCCAUUGCCACUGACAUGCGAAGAGCUGCGCCAGGGCGGCCUCCACGAGUACGUGCCGGGCGGCAAGCUGCAUCCUGAGUACGGUCUGCUUCCCGACAUGCUGAAGCUGAGCGACGGAUCAGACGCCGAAGUGUUUGAUUUCGACGGCGUAGACUGGACACUGCCGUGGGAGGGCCAGAUGGACUUCCACGCCCCAUGUGCAUUGAGGACGCUGUCUAACACGAGAGUCGACAGUGCCGUCAGCCCCACUGCUUCCGCCAUGCCGCCGUCCAUCGAUGCCGCUAUGCUCCCCUGGCGCGAAGCCCGCGACUGUCCAAACACAAUCAUCGACCUGGCGGACGCAUGGCGCUGGCUGGCGGCCAAAGAAACAAACCCCACCGCCGACUUCGUCCCUACGCCCGGAAAAAGGUGGCAUGGCCGCGGCGCCUACCGCUCCUCACGGAAGUUCAAAUCGCCCAUCCCAGAGCUGAUGAUGUUUGCGCUGGAUGCCGCCACAGCGGAGUCGCUGUCGCCGGCAGACGCCGUGCUGCAGAACCAAGACACGCCUAUUCGAGGCAAGGCGGUCAACGACUUCUGUCCCUUCAAGAGCGUCGCCACGCCCGCAAGCGUCGACAUCACGCUGCUGGGCGACACGGAAUUCACCGUCGUCGAGCUGCUGAGCUACUUCCCGCUGCACUACUACUGGGGCCACGCCGCGGAGCGCCUGGCGACUGCGGGCUUCUCGCCCCGCACCAUCCUCGACAUGAUCUGUCUGACGCGCGCGCUGGACGCUGAGGCGGCGCCGCGGCUCUCGACUAUCGCGGGUGUGGUGAGAGAUGCGCGCAAGAGGGGUCUAGUCAAGGAGGAUAUUGAGAUGCAGGAUGAACAAGGCAAAGAAACAUCGUCGACGCCCGCUGCAACACCAGAAGUGCCGAAACCCCGUUUGGUGGAUCUGGCGCCGGGCUAUACGGCGGAGGGCUGGUCUUACGACAGCUGCGACAAGAUUGACUAUCCGCUGCUUGCUCUGGCGCAUGGCGUGCAGGCGCUCCCGGCAGGUGUUGACGCUGGCCCACUGACUGCGCUUAUUCUUUGGUGUAGGCAGAACGGCCGCUAUCAGGUUCUGCUCAGUGAGGUCCCCGGGCUGCUGCGAGAAGCGCAGAUUGAGCCGUUGAUUGAGCCGGGCGAGGGCGGGUGUCCGGACAAGGAGGUCUUGGGUCGGUAUGCAGAGGCGUUGAAGACGGACCGAUUGAGGGUUGCGAGGUUGGCGGGGGCUAGGAAGAGAGCCAUGGAGGCCCUGGAUGAGGGAAAGACCAAGAGGAAGAAGGUGGAGUAG